UGAGGACCGAGUAAAACAGUAUUAAUAAUAUAUUUAAAAAAAAAAAAAAAAAAAAAAAACAAAUACAGGCAGCUGAAAGAGCAGGCAACGAAGCUGAGUUUAGGACAAUUUGCAGGAGUUUGCAGAGCAUUGUAUCUCCCUCUCUCUUUCUCUCUCUGUUUUCUUUUUUUUUUUUUUUGGGUUCAUUACAAUAUUCAAAAGUUGCAGAGAAUUUGAAGAAGAAGAAGAAGAAGAUAGAGGAUAGGAAAAUUAGAAAGUGGGUAGGAAUAGAAAGAGAGAGGAAUGGGAGGAAGAGGAGCAUCAUCAAGACUGAGAAAAGCAGCGAGGAAAAUGGCAGUAGCUGCAGCAAAUGCAUGUGGGUCUUUCUCAAGGAAGAAAGCUCUUGUAGAUCCCAUCAUCUUCGACCAUACCACCUCUGCAUCUGCAUCUAUCUCUGGUUCUUCGGUUGUGUCACCCACAAAGCAAAAGCAUAUCUCAGAAGAAGAAUAUGAAGAUGUUGUAGGGGAAACAGAAACCAAAACCUUCAAUAGCAGCGAGCCCACUGCUAAGAAUCUGUGUGCAAUAUGUCUUGAUCUUCUCAGCUACAACAGCACAGGCAGCAGUCCUGGGCAGGCUAUAUUCACAGCGCAGUGUUCCCAUGCUUUCCAUUUUGCUUGUAUCUCCUCCAAUGUCAGACAUGGUAGUGUGACCUGCCCCAUAUGCCGUGCUCAUUGGACGCAGCUGCCUCGCAACCUGAAUCCACCUUGUGGUUCUCUGUCUUCAUGCAACCAAAAUGACCCCAUCCUCAGAAUCCUCGAUGACUCCAUUGCCACUUUCCGUAUCCAUCGGCGCUCCUUCCUCCGCUCUGCCCGCUAUGAUGAUGAUGACCCAAUUGAGCCAGACGACUUGUCUAACUGUCCCCGACUCCAUCUCUCCCUCACACCCAUCCCACCUGGUGCACCCUCUACUUUUCAACCAUCAUUGCAAAUGGCUGGCUGCACCUCCUUCCCAUACAAUCCUCCUUUGCAUCCCCUAACCUGCAGCUCCUCAUCACUUUUACAUUCACCAAGCAGGCAUAUACCUUAUAAUAUUAUGUGUACCUCUUCAAAUAGAGCAUAUCUUUCAGUAAAAUUGGCACAUCAACGUGCAACCGACUUGGUCUUGGUUGCAAGCCCCAAUGGACCACACCUUAGGCUUCUCAAGCAAUGUAUGGCAUUGGUGGUUUUCUCCCUCAGACCCAUUGACCGUUUGGCCAUUGUUACAUAUUCAUCAGCUGCAGCUCGUGUCUUUCCCCUAAGACGUAUGACAUCUUAUGGUAAGCGAGCAGCCCUACAAGUGAUUGAUCGUCUUUUCUAUAUGGGGCAAGCAGAUCCAGUUGAAGGGCUCAAGAAAGGGAUAAAGAUACUUCAAGACCGUGCACACAAAAACCCAGAAUCCAGUAUCCUUCAUCUGUCGGAUAGCCCAACUCAGUCUUACCAUGCUGCAAUGGACAUGGAAGAAGUGCACAUUCCGGUCCACCGUUUCCAUGUGGGAUUUGGUUUUGGCACUUCAAAUGGUUUUAUCAUGCAUGAAUUCGAAGAGUUCCUGGCAGGACUACUAGGAGGUGUCAUUAGAGAAAUCCAGUUGAGAAUGAGAACAGGGGAAGAAGGCAGCACUAGGAUUAUAAGGAUAGGAGAGCUAAGGGGAGGUGAAGAAAGGAGAAUUUUAUUGGACUUGGGCGAGAACGGACAUAUGACCGUGGAAUAUAGCUACAUUGAGGAGGUAGGUGAGGUUGAUGAACACAUGGGAACAGGGGAAACUGUGUUGAGUUUAGGGGAUGGAAAAACUAAUGCUACAGAAGCAACGGCUGAUUCUGAUGGAGGGAGGAGGGAUGUAAUUAGUGGAGGGAGGACUAGUAGCGCAGAAAGUUGGGAUUACCAUGAUCCUUACAUGGCUAGAAGAUGGGCUAAGCAUUUGCAUGGCUAUAGGCUUUGAAUUUAUUGAGGAAAAAAAAAAAAUUAUUUAUAUGAAAUCCAUAGAUCAGUUAUUGUUAUUACAUUGGUUUUGGUCAUCUAGGAAAUUUUAAGUCUUUGUUCAGUUACAUCUAGCUGAUAUUCUCAAACAGCUUUCAAAAGUGAGAAAAUGUUGCAUAUACUCCUACAGUCCUAUUCGCACAUUAAGUAAAGCUUAUAAUUAUAUAGAAAGGUCUAAACUAGAAAAUUCAGACUUUUAUGCUUUUUUGGUAGAUUAAAACAAAUCAGACUCACUGCCAAUUGCUAUGAUGCAAAUAUCAAGUUGCAAAAAUGGAAUGCUCUUUGCAUUCCAAACACGACAACAUGUUCAAACUCAUUCCGUUGAAAUCAUCCUUGGCAAAAGUAAUCAAAAAACAGCUUUUUUCUGUGUUUUCUAAUGUCUAUUGCACAAUAUCAAUACCUCGUUAUUAGAAACAAACAUUUUAGUUGGAUUAAAAUUCAGGCAAAAUUUAUAGUUCUAAGAAGUCAUCAAAAUUAAGUAAGACAUUCUUAGUCUUUCUUAUUUGAUUAUUAAAAAAGAUUAAUAGUGGGAAAUAACAAAAAUAUACAAGAAAAAAAAUUUAUUUUUUAAUGAAUAUAUAAAAAAAAAAGGAUACAAAAUUGAUAAAAUUAUGAAAAAAUAAAAAAUUAAAAACAAGUGGAAAGAAAUAAAAAAAUGAUGGGGGUGGGUGAGUGUGGGCCGCAUCUUCCAGCCCUCCAAUUUUUGUUACUGCAACUGAUGAAGAAGCAGACAACAGACUGCAUAAUCCGACAAAAUUCAAAGAAAAAAAAAAAAGCGUGUACACACACACAACUUACUACUACUGCUACUCUUUUCUCUCUACGGUCUCUCUGCCAUUGUUGCCAAAACCCCCAAAAUAGUUUAUAGUUUGUACGGCGCUAUUCUUUUUCUUCUUCUUCACCAUCCUUUGCUUUUUUACUUUCUUUGCUUUCAUUGAAAUUUUCUUUUUAUUUAUUUAUUUAUUUGCCAUUGCACAACAAAUGGGUCCUUUGUUGUCUUUCUCUAUUCACGAAUCAAAACAACCAAAAUUAAAAAUAAAAAAAAUUAAUAAAUUAAAAUAAUAAUAUUGUUGAUUUAACCUCAGGUGCAGUGGCAGUGCGACUUUUCUUCUCUCUGUUUCAUAUUGGGAAUCUGGUACUCUCUGCUCCUCUUCUUCCUCUUCCUCUGCUUCUACUGAGAAAAGCAGAAUCUAGAAAGGAGAGCAAAAGAAAAAGAAAGAAGGAAAAAAAUGUAUCCACAGCUGAUUCAGCACCAUGAAAGAAUGGUGGGUCAAGAUGAUAUUCAAAUUCAAGGAGGUGCUACAG